UUGACUACUUGUUUCAACUCGCCGUCGCCUGUAAGGAAUCGUUGGGAAGGGAACGCAUAGCAGCAGGUCAUCUUGGGUUUUAUUCAAGCUGGAGCUAGCCUUAUGCCUCGGAAAUACAUCUUUCCAUCCUGAACGAAUGGCCAAGCAACAUGAAUGAGGAGAGCGCCUUAGGUCAAAUUUAAGCCUCGCAGUCGUAAUGGCGGAAGCUCAAUGAUCCAGCUUUCUUUCUUUGUCGCAUUUUAUCUGAGAAUAGUGAGGCGGUUAAUUCAUCUUGAGCAAUGAGCAAUGCAAGCGUAGUGAGUCGAGUGCCAACCUGACCAAAGGAAAGUGACACUGAUUUUGAAUUUUGGGCGUGUGGCUUUCAUCAAGAACAGUCCCAGCCGGACUUGAUGAUCAGGAGAACUUAGGUUCACCCAAAGUUUAGUCGCUCAGUGAUCUCUUUCUCUGUUGUGUCACGGAGGCAAGUCAGUCAGUCAGUCAGUCAUUUCUGAGGUCUUAAAAGUGUCUUCAAGAAGUGAAAGCAGCCCCAUAUUCAAUCGUUAUGGCCUCACGUUGAAAAAAUCAAGAUAAAGAAAUAAGACUCAUCAUGAUCCACGAAGCCCUGAUAUAAUAAGCGAAGCAGGAGCAAAAGAAGAAGUAAUUUACAAGUUCAAUAACCAUUAAGAACACUGGCUGCCAUCAUGGUGCUUUUUCGUGGGGAGCAAUAUUUUCACAACAACCCAUCAGUUCUGACUGAUAAGCUUUAUUUGUCAGCCGCUCGAGUGAUCUCGUCGAGGUUGUUGGUGGAUUUGGGAAUCACUUGUGUCAUCAAUGCGACGCUUGAACUUCCCACUAUGGCUUAUAACACACCAGAUUGUUUACAAAUUGCUGUGGAGGAUCGAGUGGCAUCCAAAUUAUACAUUUAUUUUGAUCUCGUAGCCGACAAGAUCAACUCCAUCCACGCCCAACCCAAUGGAAGACUUCUAAUUUACUGUCGUGCUGGCAUGUCCAGGUCAGCGUCGUUGUGUAUUGCGUACUUUAUAAAAUACCAUAGGAUGACAUUGGACGAAGCCUUUGCCUAUGUCAAAGAGCGUCGACCCAUAAUCCAUCCCAAUAUUGGAUUCCUUCGUCAACUUCGAGACUACGAGAAAAAACUCCAAGCCAUUAGAUCUGGGGUCGAGUGCCCUUUGUCAUACCAGAAACGCUGUGAUGUCCCCCUGCCUCCUCUGACCUAUGCCACACAAGAUUCUUGCGAUGAUCUCAUUAGAGACUACGAUGUUCAAACUAAGGUUAUCAAGCCUAAGCCAAAGCCGAGAAAGCCGAAAAUAAACUUCACCGAGGUCAUGGAACUUUGUGCGGAGACCUACCAAACGACCAGCGUUCAGAUUUGCUCGGAGCAUGAAUUGCACAACUCCUCAUGCUCUACUUCUACUAAUGUGAUUUCCCUUGAGACAUCUGUGAAACAGAUGACAGAACCCACAGGGGCCGUGGCCACUGUUAGAGCCCCGACAACCACUUUCGACACAAUGGAUUCUGAAGACUUGCGCUCGUUGUUCCAACAUCGGAGGGUACCAUUCACAAAAUUGUCUGAGCCCGGAAAGAUUGCCUCUUUACAGAACUGCGGGUAUUUCUGGCGAACACUCAGACAAUCACUUUGGAAUGUCUCGGCGACAAUGUUUCCCAAAAUAUAAAUGCCAACUCCAACGGCAUCCCUCAAUUAGCUAGUGCAUGUGAUUGGUUCGUUCUUGAAAACCUGCCUCAUGCGACGUGCUCAUUCGUGUUUGACGUCCAUUGUGCUAUUGAAAACAAUAUCAACCAGAUCUGCUUCUCUAUCGAGAAUUUCAAAACAGUGGAAAUGAACCAGUUGGUUCAUUUACAACCUCGGCCACAACCAGAACUUCCUUCCACGCAAAAUGAUAAUGGCCAAGUGAAGAGGACCGGAAUUUCACGCUCAUCGAUCCAAUUGUCCGGGCUGAGGCUCUCCCCUGUGCCAAAAAAAGUGCGAGCAACGCUGGCUCUCGAGAAAAACGGCGAAUGCAAAUCAGUUUGCCUAAUCACCCAUCCGUCAAUCAUAUUUGAAGCUCUGAACCAGUGUAAUAUUUCAUUUGAUUUUAGUCUACAAUGGUUCACUACCGACUUUCAUGUAAAGAAGUAUCGAACGUGUCGUUACUUUCAAGCUUUGACUCUGGAAACUCAUUCGGAAGAGCAAUUGAGAGAAGUUCCUAGUGUGAGCGUCAAAUUAGUGUUUGGAACCGCAACCCUCAUCAGUCAACUUGGGCUCGAGAUUGUAGAAAAUUAUUUUUGGGAUGACGUUGAUUGGAUGGGCGCCAACGAAAUCAUGCCUGGCUUGGAAUACCCGUUAUACAAAACAGUAAUGCUAAAUGAUCCUGAGAGGCUCUUGUUCAAGGCACUAGAAGGACCUCCAGUGGAAGUGGCUUGGUGUUUUGCGCUAAACCGGAAAAAGUCCCCCACCAGUGUCUGUUUUGUGGUUCAAAAGAGGGUGAUCACACCCUCAAACGAAAGGCAAAGUACCGAACCAGAAAUACAGUGGGCCAAUGACGAAUAUAAUGUGGAUCUGUCCUUUGCCUACCAUGAAACAUAUCCUUUCGAUGCUUUGGAAAUGACAAUGCCUAAAGUUUCAGUGGUUCAAGAAAUUAAAGAUUCCAUAAAAAGAGCGCUUGUUGUGAUAGCUAUGGAUGAGGCACCUCUGCAUUCGUUGACCAAUCUGAUGCGGUUCCAAUUUCAGAAGUACAGCCCCUGGUUUAUUACCAAUAUAUGUGUACAUCCGAUGAUUCAGGUCUCAGAACAGAGUCUUCAGCUCGCACUCGAAAUGGUGACUUUUUAUUGUGAACCCACCAUUUUUUAUGUAAAUCCAAUUCUAGUCCGUUGGACGAGCUUGGCUAAUCAAGUAGCAUCAAGAUCGGCUCCAGAUAUUCGAUACGAGCUGAUGGAGUUGGUGUGUAUUCCUGAUGCGUUUGGAGACAUGCAAACACUAAAGAGCAUGAUCUUGUGCCAAUCAGAUCUUGUCAAGAUUGGAAUCUGGUUGGAGGUUUUUGAACGCAGCGUCAUAAACGCCAGACCAAUCUAUCCAUUGAUAACAAACGUGGAUGCAUUCCCCCUUGCCAUAAAGUCAGAAGUCAACAUUCAAGGAUGGACCUAUCAUGAUAUUGAUGUCCGACCGAAAAGGUGUUUCCACUCCAAGAUCGGGCUCGAAAUGCAAUAUCAAACUCAAACCUGCUACGAAGUUUUGGUUUUGGAGAAUACUGAAAACCUCUAUUUCGAAUUGGAAGACGCCUUUACCCAAGAAGCUUUGAUUUCAGAGCCGAGCUAUGUAUUUGCAUAUGGUACAUUCUACGAGGCAGAUGAUGUUUUACUUUGGGAUGAUUCCCUAGUUCGCAAAGACACCCAUUUUGAAGAAGGUUUCAGGAUUAGGGCCCUAAUUACUUUGUCUCCGUUCAACGAAUUGGCAUGUCAUAAAGAAGUCCCCAUUUAUGGCGAAUGUGAACCGCUUAGAAUCGUGGCUUUGUCUUGGAUGGAACGCCACGCAUUCACUAAAGUUACGCCUCUUUUGAGUGUUUCCACAAUCAAAGUAUACGAAGCCAUGCACAUGGCCAUGCAGAUGCCGAAAUACGAAUUCGUGCAAGAUGUGGAAGACUUUCCAGACUGGGGAACUGUGCCAAAUUUCAUCUUCGAGUGUCAAGAUCGUCUUACCGGGCCUUUGGAUACUUUUUGGUACUUUGACAUGUCCAAAGCACCUUCUAACCAGGCAGAGGGUCUUGCACCAACCAACUUAAAACUAUUCUUGCCUGACCCAGAAACUGUCGACAGACUUGAGAAGCAGGGUUCCUCUUCGUCGUCGGUCGAAAGAGACAGUGACAAGAACCGCAACGUUUUUCGCUAUCCCCAUGAACCUGAACAAGCAUCUAGUGUUAGGUUACAUCGAGCAAAUGUUAAAAAACACGUCUCUUUCCAAGAAGCGACUCAUUCUGGCGAAUCUCCCGAUGCCGUCAUCUCACAUUCGUGGUCCCCGGUCCAAUUCCGUCAAAUAUCGUCAAAAGGGAAACGAUCUAGAUCUGGCAAUAAAAGGAGUCCCACCAUUACAACUGGUAAUCUGGUCUCAUUUCAAAGACCCCGCAAUCAGUCCAAGAAUAGAAGUGAAUCGCAAUCUAAAUCAGCAAAAGAUAACCACACGGAGGCUGAUGAUAGGCGAAUCAUGGCCAACUUGGAGGCCUCGGUCCGUCAAUCUAGCGAUCUCUUGCUUCAAAUAAAAGCUGGAGAGACGGCACCUCAUGUUGUUUCCAGUUCCUCAGACUUCAAUCGAGCCAACCAAGAUGGUCGAAAUGGAUUGAUCAAUUCGGAAGUACGAUAUAAGAGAGGAGCAGCAAGAGGUGGGGAUGCGCCAAUUGAGUACGCAGAGGCGGUUGGUAGUUCCCCUGUAUCUGAAUUGACCUUAAGAAGUCUUUUGGAAUCUGCGCAGAAAUGGGUGCGUUAUUCUUCAACACGACCUGGUCAUCGAGAACGCUCAAGAUCAAGACACCGAAGAUAAUUGAGCAGUUUUCUAGGUGUUUUUACUUCUAUGAUGACCUUGGAAAUAUCAUUAUUUCUAUUAUCAUUAGCAAUAGCAACGGAACUGACGAAGAAAUUUACCUUUUUUUUCAAGCAAAGUCAAAGCUCUGUAAUGCAUGAGGACAAUCAAUGCCCAACCUCUUCAAUAAAACAACUUAAGUUGGAAAUGAAAA